CUUUCUGGGCCGCAGGGUGGGGGUGGGUGGGGGGUCUCCUUCUUGCCCUCCGUUCGGAAGGCCACGUCUCCCCCGCUUGGAGACACGAUUGCGGGCGGGCGGCGGUAUCUCUCCAAAGCCAGGGCGCCCCUACGGCCUUAUCGUCCGCUUGCCAAGCCGAGGCGGGGCGCCGAGCCCGCCCCAACUCCCUAGCUGAGGCGCCACCUGCUGACGGGAAGGCUGCCGACGCAGGGGCUCCCCCGUUUCUGGCGUGCUGGUGAGGUAAGCUUCCGCGGCUAGUGAGCCAGGCCCCGGCCAAGCACGGGGGGGGGGGAAUGGAAGCGGCCUUCGAGAGCUCUCGCGACGCGCCCAUCAUCCCCGACUUUCGCCGGUCCUAGGCGGCAAAUUGAAGGCCGUCCCGCUACCGGAAGACAAACGGAAGUGACGACCGCGCAGCCGCCGCGCCCGGGUGUCAAAGGGCGAUGGGCCCUCUACCCUUUCGGCUCCGGCUCUGGCUCUGUGGUGACGCGGUUGCGCGGGCGAGAGCGGCAGCGGCAUGGGGGACACCUCGAGCCCCGUCAGCGUGAUCCUGGUGAGCUCCGGCAGCCGAGGCAACAAGCUGCUCUUCCGCUUCCCCUUCCAGCGGGGGCCCGGCAACCCGGCCGCCUUGAUCGGGAUGUCAAGGAGUAAGUAUGCAGUAAACAGUAUUGGUGAGAAUGUAGAAGAUCCAGAUGGAGAUUCCAGAGAGCCCUGUCCUCUCACUGAUGAGCAGGUGGUAUCAGGGUUUUCGGAUGUCAUUCUGGCAACAAUUCUGGCUACUAAAUCAGACAUGUGUGGCAAAAAGUUUGAGCUGAAGAUCGAUAACAUUCGUUUUGUUGGGCACCCAACUCUGUUGCAGCAUGCCUUUGGCCAGGUAUCAAAGACAGAUCCUUCUCCCAAGAGGGAAAUGCCCACCAUGAUUCUCUUCAACGUGGUCUUUGCUUUAAGGGUCAUCUGGCUUGCCAGGCCACCCUUGAUGGACAGUUUCUACUUCUGUCUGCAGGCCACUGCGGACCCCUCCGUGAUCAGCUGCCUGCAUAACCUCUCCCGGCGCAUCGCCAUUGUGCUUCAGCAUGAAGAGAGACGCUGCCAGUAUCUCACCAGGGAGGCCAAACUCAUUCUGGCCAUUCAAGAUGAAGUUUCAGCCAUGUCAGAAACAAGGGAUGGCCCUCAGUCACCUUUCCCUCACAUCCUUCCCAAGUGCAAGCUGGCCAGAGACCUUAAAGAAGCUUAUGACAGUCUGUGCACAACAGGGUUGGUCCAACUACAGAUCAAUAACUGGCUGGAAGUGAGUUUCUGCCUGCCUCAUAAAAUCCAUGAUGUGGCAUCCAGUUUCAUCCCCCCAGAAGCCAUUGAAAGAAGCUUGAAGGCUAUUCGGCCUUACCAUGCCUUAUUGCUGCUUAAAGAUGAGAAGUCCCUCCUCAGCGAACUGCCCCUCGAUUGCUCCCCUGCCCUGGUGCGAGUGAUCAAAACCGCCUCUGUGGUGAAGAACCUUCAGCAGCUGGCUCAGGAUGCCGACCUGGCCUUGCUCCAGGUGUUUCAGCUGGCUGCACAUCUUGUCUACUGGGGCAAGGCCCUCAUGGUCUAUCCCCUGUGUGAGAACAACGUCUACAUGCUGUCCCCCAACGCCAGUGUCUGCCUUUACUCCCCUUUAGCAGAGGAGUUCUCCUCUCAGUUUCCAGGCCACGACCUGCCCGCAGUUCUGUCAAAGUUCUCCUGGCCAGUUUCUCUGUCUGAGCUCAAGGACCCUCUUGCUCCAGUGAUUCAGGAGACACAUCUCAUUCGGAUGGUGGCCUGGAUGCUCCAGCAUCGGCUUCUCAUUCAGCUGCACAGCUACGCCUGCCUGAUGGUUCCCCCAAAGGAAGAGGAGGAGGAGGAGGAGGAGGAGGAAGAGGAGGAGGAAGAGGAGGAGGAGGAGGGUUUUCGCACCAGAGUAGAAGAGCUGCCCUUUCCUGCCCGAGUUGGGGGCCGAAGCCUCAGCACUCCUAGCGCACUCAGUUUUGGUUCUCCCACUAGCAGUGAUGACAUGACCCUGACAAGCCCCAGCAUGGACAACUCCAGUGCGGAGCUGUUGCCUGGGGGCGAGUCUCCCGUGAACAAACGCAUGACGGAGAACCUCCUGACCAGCCUCUCAGAGCAUGAGCGGGAAGCCAUUCUCAGUGUCCCCGCAGCUCACAAUCCAGAUGAUCUGCGCAUGUUUGCCAGGCUGCUGCACUAUUUCCGUGGACGGCAUCACCUGGAGGAGAUCAUGUACAAUGAAAACAUGCGGCGCUCCCAUCUGCUCAUGCUCUUUGACAAGUUCCGUAGCGUGCUGGUGGUGACGAACCACGAGGAUCCCGUCAUCUCUGUCUUUCAGUCCCUCCAUAAGUGAGGAGAGGAGGCUUUCUUGAGGCCAGGAAGGAGCCCAGUCGAGGCUAGAUGCUGCUCCCGGAUCCAAGGAAGCCCCUCCUGCUGGACAUCACAGGAGCGCUCUUCCAGGGGUUGCAGUCUGGCAGUUUUGUGCUCUGUCCCCUUCUUUGGAGGGAAGGAGGACUCGGCAGAGCAGCCGUGAGGGCUUCCCACCCCAAACUGUGGAGCAGGAAAACAAGCUGGUCUUUGACUUUGAAAAGCAGGAAGAGUAUGGGGAUCCAGGGAUAAGCCCCUUUGGUGAAAGAGUGCCCAUGACUUCCCUUCUGCCGCAGGUUGAAUGCUCACAUGAAGCAGUGGGUUCAUAGCCCACCCAUCCUGCCUCCGACAACAACUCCAAAGCAUUGAUUGGCGUGCCUGCUCAAGUCCUACUGUUCUGGCACUGCCAGCUCAAAUCAAUUGCCCUGGGAUUGUCCCGGGGCGAGGCGGUGGCACUUCAGAAUAAAGAGGAAGGGGUUAUUCUAGCAAAGUGGGCCUGGGGCGUGCACUUUCUUGCUGAAUGUGGUACAUUGUGCAUUUGGCUCCAUUGACCCCAGUCAUUGGAAGAGAACAAAACAUGUUUAUUUACAUAAAUAAAUCUAUUGGCAUCAGUA